UCUGCGAGCAUAUCUCCCAGUUGGUCUCGAGGUACGAUGCUGGCCUAACAAGCCAGUCGACGUAUGUUCGAGUCCCGGUUCGGGAGAGACUGUUAAUGUCAGUAGGAUCGUAGCGCUAGCCCCGCAAUUGUCCUGUACACUUAACAGUCGGCUGCGAAGUCUGUGUAUAGAUAAACAGAAGGUCAAAUUCCGAAUCGGAAUGUAGCACCAAGGCUUUGCCUCUACUCUGCGAGCAUUCGAAAACGUGAUAAGAACAAAAGAUUAACGUUCUAAAAAAUCAUUGAUCGAACUUGCCCCUGUUUAUAAACUUAGGAAUGUCAACUGUUCCCUUUUUUUAGCUGCUAUUAUUAACCUUGAAUUUCGCUGGAUCGAAUUCAUUUCAGCUUGAUUUUUUACGAUAUCAUUUUUAAAGUUAUCUAAUAAAUAAAACGCGCAAUGUAAGAACAAAACUAUACAUUCACUCAAAAACAGUCAACCGCCUCAAAAAGCUAACCAAUCUUAUUACCAAAAAAUCAAAGGGGAUUUAUUCCUUUUUAGAGCCUGGGUCAUUUGCAAGACAAAUAGCACUGACGUGCUAAACAUUAAUAUUUUAUGAUAGGCAUAAUUACCUCGAUGGACUCCACUGUUUUUAAAUACUCUUUCAAAACUGUUUGGGCUUCAUUAUUUUAAUGAAUUUUAUAGAGACUCAGUGUGAUGGUAAUUUCGAAUUCUACCGUCAGUCAGUCGCAGCAGCGUGCGAUGAGUCACGAAACCGAAUUCGACCACAUCCGGGUGCAAGACAACACAUUCACGGAAGCCACCGAUGACUCGCCGGACUGCAUUUGUGUGCCGAGCAAACGGUGCAAGAGUACCGCCACCGGUAAACAGGCAAGGGAUGCCCUCUGCGGAUCAGGAAAUACCUGCUGUCGCCGAAAUGCCAUUAUUCCACUACCACAUGCGGUUGGCCAUACUCUGCCACCCCCUCCAACGCAACCAACAACCACUCCGAGGACUACCACUACAAGGACUACCACUACGGGACCACUUCCUAGUCUACCACUAAGACCUCCAGCCGAUCUCCAAACCCCAACCUUUGCAGAUCCAUCGAUAGAUGCGAGUUUGCUGUUGGAAAUCACCGCCCUCCUGGACCAGUUCAACGGCCCCAAUAAUCAACUCGAGCUGGAAGCCGAAUUUAUCUUCGAUAUGACACCGUCCGUCGUUGUCAAAACGACUCCAGCUCCCGCCACUAUUCCCACAACAACCACUACCAAUAAACCAACCCCUCUCAGAGCCCAGAAAAAGUGUGGCCAACGACGGGCAGCUUUGGCUAGCCGGAUUCACUUCGUAGACGACGACUCCAAUAGCGUCGAGCAACGUCUCAGUGGGACGGUCAACUUCGCUGAAUUUCCCUGGACUGUUUAUAUAGAGGAACGUCUCACCAAUGGGAGUUUUCUGUAUAAAUGCGGAGGAGCUCUGAUAUCGUCCGGAGCCGUUGUGACGGCUGGCCAUUGUGUAGCUAAUGGUCGCAACACACCGCAGCAAUUUCGCAUCAUCGCCGGUGAUUGGGAUCGUCGUCAUCGCCGGGAGAGGCUUCCCGAUCAGCAGCGACUCGUGGACCGAAUCGUACUGCAUCCGAACUACUAUUCCGGUUCGUUGUUUAACGACAUCGCAGUUCUGGUGGCUUCCGCUCCCUUCAAUGAUUCACUCGCAAAUGUGGCUAGCGUUUGUCUUCCCUCUCCAAGGGAUUCAUUCUCCGGGAGUAGCUGUAUUCUGACCGGUUGGGGUGCCAGUCCGGCUACGCCGGAAUGGGAGGAACCGAUUCAGCAGUACGUUUCGAUGAGCCCACUAACCACGGAACAGUGCAACCGGCAGCUACAAAGCAACGCGUCACUUGGCAGGCGAUUCCAGAUGCACGAUAGUUUCUUGUGCGCCGGAGGCGUUCGAGGAUUGGAUUCCUGCAAGGGUUCUGGUGGUAGUCCACUGAUUUGCGAGCGGAAUGGAGCCUAUUUGCUGGUAGGGGUUAUGUCCUGGGGUGUUAGUUGUGGACAGGGGGUUCCCGGGGUGUUUGCCGGGGUCCCCCAGCAAGUGGGAUGGAUUCGAGAAGUUAUUGGUGGAUCAAACGAUGAUGUGCUCCUUUUUGCGUAGAGGAAUGUCUGAGUUUUUUUUUGUAAAUAGGUUUGUGAAUAUAAUUAUUUGUUUUAAGUUCUGAUUCUACUGGAAUAGAGUUGGAAAAUAAAGUAGUUGAAUUGGGUUGUUUAGCUAUAUCAGCUUUUCAUAUCAUCUGAGAGAUCUGAAUUUUCUAAGUGAAACGUGAUUUAAAAAAAAUCUAUCGUUGUCCUUCGCUUUUUAAAUAACGAUUUAAAACUGCCCGAAAUCUGCUCGAAUCGCUACAAUGACAGUUCGCCCAUAUACCAACUGUCAUUGUAACGUUUUAGAGCGAAUUUUUAUUUUUUAUUUAAAAAUCGAAGGAUAAUGAUAUUAAGUUUUAAUAAAUCACGUUUUGUUCAGAAAAUUACACUAUUUCAGAUGUUAUAUAAAAAUCGGAAAUCCGUGAAUAGCUAAACAACCCAAUUGGUAUUAUAAAUGAAUGAGGGCCAAUUGUGAACGAAUAAAUGUGUGUGAGAAUACGAAA